CUUUCUGGGAAUCAAUUGAGCAGCAUUCCAGAUAGCAUCGGGCAACUUUCUAAGUUAGAGCUCAUGGAUCUUUCUGAGAAUCAAUUGAGUAGCAUUCCAAGUAGCAUCGGGCAACUUUCUAAGUUAGAGAGCAUGAAUCUUUCUGGGAAUCAAUUUGGAACAGGAUUUCCUAAAUGGCUUCAAUUACCAAAGACAAUAAAAAUGAUUGAUUUCUCUAAUGCUAGCAUCUCAGGUCAUCUUCCAGAAAACAUAGGUCAUAUGAUGCCAAUGUUGGUGGGAUUAUAUCUUGAAAAUAACCUCAUGAACGGUUCAGUUCCAAAGUCAUUAUGCAAUUUAAAACAUUUGGAAGCAAUUGAUUUCUCAAACAAUAUGUUAUCUGGAAAUAUUCCAAAGUCGUUAUGCAAUUCAAAAUCUUUGGAAUAUCUUGAUCUCUCAAAUAAUAUGUUAUCUGGAAAUAUUCCAAAGUCGUUAUGCAAUUCAAAAUCUUUGGAAUGUCUUGAUCUCUCAAAUAAUAUGUUAUUUGGAAGUAUUCCUAAUUGUUGGAGAAAUGAUCAAUCAUUCAUUUUUAUUGAUCUAUCUUCUAACAAUCUCUCGGGUUUAUUUCCGAGCACAAUGGUGGAGCUUUCUUCUUUAAUAGUACUGCACUUGAACAACAAUAGUCUCCAUAGGGAACUACAUGUGGUGUUGAAAAAAUUCACUUCUUUAAUGGUUUUGGAUUUGGGUGAAAAUAAAUUUUCUGGAAAUUUGACAAGCAUUGUAGGGGGGGAGAUCCACAACCACUCUUUAAAGGUUCUCCGACUGCGAACAAAUUUGGUUUCCGGUUAUAUUCCUUCGAAACUAUGCUCUCUCUCUCAAAUGCAAAUUCUGGAUCUUGCGGAUAACAAUUUGACAGGAAGGAUUCCUUCUUGUUUUGGAAAGUUUCCGAUCAUGGUGAAUGCAACACAAUUGAUCUAUGACUUAAGUGAUGACUCUUGGGAUCAGGUACAUUUGAUGGAGGUUGUGAAAAAGAGAUACCUUAAGUAUUCUUGGGAUCAGGCACCUUUGAUGGAGGUUGUAAAAGGGAGAUACCUUGAGUAUAAAAGACAACCUUUGAGACUCGAGGUUAGUAUAGAUCUUUCAAGUAACAAUCUAAUAGGAUCCAUACCAGAGGAGCUAGUAUUCCUGAAGGAUUUGCACAAUUUGAAUCUGUCUUGGAAUCAUUUCUCAGGAAAGAUCCCUGAGAAAAUUGGACAAAUGGAGAAUUUGGAAUCUCUUGAUUUCUCCAAGAAUAGCCUUUCAGGAAGGAUCCCGAACAGCAUGUCAAGUUUAACCAAGUUAAGCUAUCUCAACUUGUCUUACAACAACUUGUCAGGGCCAAUUCCAACAGGCUAUCAACUCCAAACACUUGAAGAUCCAACCAUGUAUGCUGGCAAUCCUCAACUCUGUGGAGCUCCAUUCUUGAACAAAUGCUCAAAUGAUACACUACCUCCGACAACUACCAACUUUAAGGACAAUGAUGAAGGUGCACUUAAAAGAAUGUGGUUUUAUAUUGUCGUGUUGUUAGGCUUUGCAACUGGAUUUUGGGGAGUCGUGGGAACUUUGAUUUUUGUAACAAAUUGGAGAUAUGCUUAUUUUCAAUGGGUGGAUGAUGUGCAACACUGGAUACUUGUGGUUAUAACAUUGAAGGUGGUACAAUUCAAGAAGAAGUUCAAUGGCAACCAAGAAUAUUAGUGAGUUAUAUAUGGAGUAUGUUUUUGCUACAUUUAUUAUUAAGUUAGUUGGACAACCCUUUGUUGCAAGGUAUAGUGUUAGGUCCAACUUUGAAUGGCCCAACAUUGAAUUGGCCAAUUUUAAAUGAACACAUAAGUAUUAA